AUGCAUGUGUAUGUGUGUGUUUGCCUGAUCAACGGAUGGAUCCAUCGGCAUUUGGCAGUAUCAUUCCGCUUGUUCCUGUCCCUGCAUUCGGAAGAGCAUUUGAGUGGUCAUGGUGGUGGUCAUGACCAAGGAAGCCCAUCCUCUUUUUCACUCCUCAGAAGACCACCUCCCCCUCCCUUGCAUGGAAACAAUUGUGCCAGUGAAAGAGACUCAGCAUUAGAGACUCAACGUGAAAGUCCUGAAGGAGAAGAGCUUUAUAUUCCUAGUUGCACAAUUGAUGGACAAUAUGAGAGGGUUCAGUGCUAUCAAGGUUACUGCUGGUGUACAGAAAAAGAAACAGGGAAGCCCAUCCCAGGAACAUCAGUCAAUGGCAGUAAACCAGACUGCUCCCAUGCUUCUCCUGCACAACCUAAUAAAUCCAUAAAAGGCUGCAAAGGAAAGAAGAAAGAACGUUUUUUGGAGGAGCUGAUGGAUAUCUUCACUAAAAAUAUGGUGAAAGCUGCUCAAAAUGAUUCCAUCACGGAACCUGAUCCUGAGCAGACAAUUGAAGAAAGGGCUGCAAGAUGGGAAUUCAAUCUUCUGGACAAGAAUGAAAACAGAAUGCUGGAUAGGAAAGAGUGGAAAAUCUUUCGGCGUUGGGUAUCUGAAUUUCGGGGAUUGAGAAGGUGUGGGCGGAAAUUACCUCGUUUCUGUGAUGUGGAUGGAGAUCGCAAAAUUAGCCUCGAUGAAUGGCUUGCAUGUUUGGAAGCCAAACCUGAUGACAAGAAGACUCGGAAGAAGAAGCCAUGGCGGAAAGGGCAAAAUCCAUUCCAGACCAUCUUGAAAAGUGAUAGGAAAUAAAAUCCAGAGCCUGAAGAAGUCCAAUCAGGAAGCCAAAGACUCUGGCAUGGUGGCUGCAAGUUCAGCAAACCUGCAUUGUGAUAGCUCUCUUCCAUCCCUUUAUUCUCUCUUUUGUGUAUGAGUGAGUGUAUACAUGUGGAGAUGCUUUCUGUUUUUUGCUUUAAUCCAGAUUCUGUUCAUGUGAAUCAAUGAUUGAAUUUUAUGCAACUUGACUUAUCUCUCAGCUUGAUGAGCUUUCCCAGAAUGGCAAUACUCUAUUGAGGCUUUUCUUUCAGC